UUAAAAAAUGCUUACUUAAACAAAAGAUGGUACGUAAUAAGCACCGGCGAGAGCCUUCGCCAGAUACAGUGAGCGAUGAGAGUGACUCUCCACAUAAAAAUAAGAAAUCCAAGCGAUGCGUUGAGGCUGAUUCCGAUAAUACUGUUUUGGCAUCCACCUCGCAAGCAGCGCGCAAUCGGACGAGAGUAGAAAAUCCUACGGCUGGACUAAGCUCUGAUUUUGGACGCUGCGGUAAAAUCAUAUCCUUACGGCUUAAGAACUUUAUGUGCCAUUCCAACUUGUUUAUUGAAUUUGGACCAAAUAUCAAUUUUCUCGUUGGUAAUAAUGGUAGCGGCAAGAGUGCCGUAAUUACUGCGCUUGCCUUGGGAUUGACAAGCAGUGCGCGGGCCACAAGUCGCGCAAGCAGCAUACAAAAACUAAUAAAAAACGGUGAAACGAACGCCUGCAUUGAGUUAACAAUAUCCAACUACGGACUGCGGCCUUUCAAGUUUGAUGUAUAUGGUCCCGCCAUUACUGUCGUUCGGCAUAUACGCCAAUCUGCCUCAACGUACGAGUUGAAGAAUGUCAAUAAAGUGACCGUCUCCAAGAAAUUAGACGACAUACGACGCAUGGUACUUUACUUUGGCAUCAAUGUUGAGAAUCCCAUUUUUGUGCUUAAUCAAGAGGCUUCCAGAGAAUUUCUCAAGGAUUUAGAGCCAGCGGCAAAUUACAGGCUACUUAUGAAAGGAACUCAAUUGGAUUUAUGCGCUUCAAGCCUAACACAAUGUCAUGAGGAAAACGAGCAUUUAAAUUUUGAUUUAAGUUUGAUGAAAAAGAAAAAUGACACUUUGGCUAAGUUGUAUAGAACAGAAGAGGAAAAGUUAAUAGUUGUAAAAAACAAAGAGACUAUUAAGACACAGCUGCAAGAAGCUAACACUAUGCUGGCUUGGUUAGAAGCAAGCCGAGUGCAGGAAGAUCUUAACAAAUUAGAGCACACACUUAAGAUAAUUGAGAAGAAAAACUUUGAACUUUCACAAAAAACAACACAAAAAGAGAGCACACAGCAGAUGCUAACCGAGCAAUUAAAGAGUUACGACACACCCAAGCAGCAAAUUCUAGAAAGGUAUCAAACGCAAGAGGAAAAACUGCGAGCUGCCAAAAAAACGAUACUGGAUUUGCAGUUAAAAGCGAGCUCUAUUAGAGCUAACAUCAAGAAUGCUGAGCGACGCCUUAAGGAAGAAGAAACCACAUAUGAGGGGUGCCAAAGUCGCAUGAAAAAUUAUCAUUCUAACUAUGCCGAGGUGAAAAAGCGUAAAGAAGAGAAUGCUGCAACGCUGCAAGCACUGAAAGCUACAGUUGCCGAGUGUAAGGACCAAAUUGAAAAACUACGAGAAGAACAGCAUGUUCUAAAAAACCAAAUACCUGCCGCAAAGGAGCAAGUUGAGUCCAUUAUGUCAGAAAUGGGAAGGCUGCGGAAUUCUACACAGAGUCUAAAAUAUGAAAUGGAAUCUCUGUCGCGAAAUAAAUCAAACAGCAUGUCUGUUUAUGGCGAGCAAGCCAUGAAAGUGGCCAGUGUACUACGUGCUCAAUAUUUACGCAACGAAAAUAUGAUGCCUCGUGGGCCAAUCGGCAUGUAUAUAAGCGUGCCUAAUCCCAAGUAUCGUGAUCUGAUUGAGAAUCAAUUAGGUUUUUGCUUACGCUCGUAUAUUGUUAACUCUGAUAAAGACCGAUUAAUCCUGAGAGAUUUGUUGCAAAAAUCUUAUCCGAAUGGCAGAAUCCCCACUAUAGUAAAGAGUCCUUUCACAAGUCAGGUGUACAAUGUAUCCAAGAAUAAAGUUCGCACAAGGACACCAAAUACUACAGUGAUAAUGGAUGAAAUCAGAUGUGAUGAUCCAGUUGUCAUGAAUUAUCUUAUCGACGUGUUGCGCAUCGAGACGGUCUUGGUAACCGAUUCCAAAGACACGGCCGAAUCACUUACUUCACACACUGAAAAUGUGCCACCAAACUUAACCAGAGUGCUAGUGCCCAAUUUGGGUCUUGAAUACAGUCCAUCUCCCAACUAUGCUAUGUACUCGUUGCGUAUUGGUCCAGCGCGUUUGAUACAAGUCGAUGUCGAUGAUCGAUUGCGGCAAUUGCAAGCGGAGCAAUUGGAUAUUAAGGAACGUAUUGAGCGUUUACAACCCAAGUGUGGCGAAGCCCAAGAAAGGUUAACUUACUACAAUCGUGAGAUACAGACGAAAAAUAGAAUCAUUAAUGAUCAUAAUACGGCGAAUGCGAAUGCUGUACAGAAAAUUAUGGAUAUUGAGAAUUUUGAAUAUCAAGAGUUACCUGUCCUGGAGUUACUGGAAACUCACAUGAACAACAGCGUUAAGCAAAUGGAAAAAUGCAAGCAGGAGCUUGAAGUUUAUGUUAAGCAACUAAGCCAAAUUGAUGCUAAUAAAACUCAAGCUCAAUUGGAAGCUUCCAAGGAGCAAAAUACUCUUGAUAGCAUAAACAAAAAAGCAGCGGAAAUAGAAAGCGAGUCUCAGGAAUUGGAAAAUAAAAUACGAGAUUUGGAUCGUCAUAAUGAUGAAAACUUACGUCGCCUCAAGCAAACUAAUGAACUCUUAAAAUGCACGUUGGUUAACAAAAAAGAUUUGGAAAAAGAAUUGGAAAAGGCAAGACAAAAAGCACAGGAAGAAGGAGACUUCAUCGAGGCCAAUAGAUCAGAAGAGAAAAUACGUGACAGAAUCAAUCGCUUUAAAAUUAAAAUAAAACAGUUUGAAUCGUUAAAUAUAAACGUUAAUGAAGUCGAACAACAAAUGGCCAAAUAUCAAAACGAUCUUGAGAAGACAACCGAGUUAUACAAUAGCAUUUAUUCCGUCGUUGAUAAUCUCCGAAUUUCAUAUCACAAGCGUGCACAACGUUUUCAACGCUCACGUACUCAUUUGUUCACGAUGAUACAGUUUCAAUUUCAGCAAGCGCUCGCUUGCCGACAAUUUGAAGGUAAUUUGAAGCCCAAUCACAAGGAGCAAACCUUAGAGAUUAGUGUCUAUCCACCGAGUGGUAAUAAAACCUCAAAUACGCGAAGCUUAUCUGGCGGCGAGAGGUCAUUUACUACCGUGUCCUUGCUGAAAGGUCUUUGGAGUACUUCUGAUCAUCCUUUUUACUUUCUAGAUGAAUACGAUGUUUUUACUGACGAAGUUAAUAGAACUUUUAUUACCAAACUGCUCAUUCAAGAAGGUAUGGACUUUAAGAGCAGACAGUAUUGUUUUCUGACUCCGCAGGAUACGGAAGUUAAAGCUAACAAAUUUAUUAGAGUACAUAAAUUGGAGAGACCUGAACAUUAAUCAAAAACAAAAGAAAUACGAUACCAAACUAAUGUAAUAAAAGAAAAAGUUUGUUAUGCUUUGCUGUUGCCAAUGGCGUAGUCUCACGUACCUUUAGUGGAUUUUCCAAUUUAAUUUCCUUUUUAAAUAAACUAAAAAUGUAUUUUU